CAGGAAGGUAUUACAUCAACAGUAGAAUCAUUCACACAUUUAGCCAAAGAUUUUGAGAGAUACAGCUACUAUGAAGGACAAUCAAAAGCAGAGAAGCUGCUUGGAGGAGGGAAAGUUUCUGACAUUUUGCUCUGGAGAGAUGAAAGGAAAACGUUUACAUGCUUUCUUGCUCUGGCUCUGGUGUUUUAGUGGUUCUUUCUCUGUGGAAGAACUUUUAUCUCAUCCAUGGCCAGUCUUCUGCUAUGGGUUGCAAUAGUGCUUUGUGGAUAUGGCAUUAUACCGUUGGAGAUAUUGGAUUUAAUCUGGAGGAUACGCUUGCCUACUGUUGAAAUCUCACAAACAGUCAUGAGAGAUUCAAUUAGAUCCAUAGCUUAUGAAUGGAAUAGAGGGGCUCGUACUAUAAGGUCAUUGGCCAAGGGAGAGAACUGGAAUACUGUUUUCAAGUUAUGGAUUAUGACAGACUCAGUUGCAGGUUCUCUUUACGCUGUCAAGUUCCUGUUGUCUUACUCGGUGACUGUUCUGGCCGGCAUGAUUCUGGUGUUUGCUUUCACUGCAUUCUUCAUUUAUGAGCAAUAUGAAUUCGAAAUCGAUGGAUUGGCAAAAUUUCCCUUCAACAGUAUUAUGGAAUCAAAAGCAUUGUUGGCAAGGAACCUACCAGCUUCCGUAGCUUCAUAUCUUCAUAACUUCGCAACUCCGCACCAGCCGAAGACUCUCACCGUGCCCAUGGUAAAGACUCAGAAAGAGAUGUGAUAAAGCGCAUUUUUCUCUCUUCUGGAUAGCUUGCUCAGGCUUUUGGUAUCAAACCAUGGAGGUUUUUUCCCCAGCUGAACAAAGAGAUGGGGUAUAGUUAAUAAAAAUAGUUCAGCAGAACAGGUUUAGUCCUGCACAAAGUUAUGAUGCUACAACAGGAAAUCCAUUCCCUCGAUGUGAUUAAGGGUUUCGUUCUGUUUUCAUUUUUAAAAAAAAGGUACAUCAGUU